AUGCCCAUCAUGGCUGAUAAACCUAGUGUCUUGUUUGUCUGCAUUCAUAACGCCGGACGCUCUCAAAUGGCUGCCGGAUUCCUUAGUCACCUCGCAGGUGACUUCAUUGAAGUUCGCUCCGCGGGAUCGGCCCCAGCCAACUCUAUCAAUCCCGCCGCCGUCGAAGCCAUGCGUGAAGAAGGCAUCGACCUCAGCAACCAAAGCCCGAAGAUCCUAACUCCCGACGCCGUGCAAGCCAGCGAUUUUGUCAUUACUAUGGGAUGUGGGGACGUUUGCCCCUUCUUUCCUGGCAAGCGUUAUCUCGACUGGCAACUUGAUGACCCCGCCGGGCAAGGCUUAGACGCUGUGCGGUUUAUCCGCGACGACAUUCGGGAUCGUGUCGAGAAACUUAUCGCAGAAAUCCGAUCUGAUAGUUCAACAGUUUGA